CGACGGAGAUUCCAGACGGCUGUCAGGAGGAACCAAGAGAGAGAGAAACUAAAAGCAUGAAGAAAAACAACCUCGGUAAAAGUGACAGGAAGAACCACAGCAAAUAACUAAAAGGGGAUUUGACGGAGAACCACAUUCACAGCAUGUGAAAGGAAAGGAAAGGAAUCAAGAUUUAGAAGGAGAAAGAGGGUAAGAAUAAAGAGGAUAAGAAAUUUCUUUUUGAGAAGAACUGAGACUUAAAAAGAGAACCUUCCUAAGAAGAGCAAGAAAAGAAGAGCCGCUGGAUGGAACCAAGACUUGGUUUAAUCUUCUAGGAUUAAAAAGAAAUGCUGCAAAGAACUAAGACUAAAAAGGUCUUAGUCUUUUAAAGACUAUUAGAAGGAACCAUUGAAAAAAAGUCUUAAAAAAAAGAAGACUUAAAAGAAGAACAAAUAAGAGAAUUUAGGAUUUUAAGAAGAAGAACCUCUAAAAAAACAAAGACUUUUAACUUUAGAAAUUAAGAAAAGAACUCAAGGAGAACCUCCAAACGAUUAAUGAGGAUUAAGCACUAGGAGUAGCUGAUGCACAAUAGAAGAACCAAGGCUCAAGAAGAGAACUUCUGCAAAGAACUAAGACUCGCAAAGGGAACUUCUACAAAGAACCCAGACUCAAGAAAAGAACUUCUGCAAAGAACCAAGACUCGAAAGGGGAACUUCUACAAAGAACCAAGACUCAAGAAGAGAACUUCUGCAAAGAAUCAAGACUCACAAGGAGAAUUUCCGCAAAGGACCAUUAGGAGAACACAACUCCCGAACAGCAAGAAAAAAGGACCAUUGAGAGAAGCUACGACCUAAAUGGAGAAAACCUUCAAGAGCAUAAGGAAGAACCACUGAAAAGAACAACGACUUAAAAGAACAAAGACUUAAAAGAACAAAGACUUAAAAGAACAUAACCCUUACAAAGACUCAAGAAUGAUAAGCAGAACCUCCAAAAGACUGUAAGGAAUAAUCACUAAGCUGAUGCGCAAUAAAAGAACCUCUCAAAGAAUCUUUCGAAUAACCACUGCAAAGAACCAAGAUCUUUAAGGAAAACCUCUUAAAAAAACUGAACCGUAAAAAGGGUAAAAACUCCCAAACAGCAAGAAAAAAGAACCCUGAGAGAAACUGAGAUUAAGGUGGAAACAGUGAAAGAAUCCAAAACUAAUCUCCAACAGUAUUGUUUCCAUAAUAUCUCUCCUUCCAGCUUGGAACCGGACAGGUAACCAUGGACGUUUUCCUCCCGUCGCACAUCAACGAGACCCAGGACUACAGUUAUGAGGACUACUACAACCUAGCAGCUUCGGUGGACUAUGGACCUUGCCAGAAGCAUCAGGCGAAGGAGUUCAGCCAGGCGUUCCUGCCGGUGUUCUACUCCGUUACUUGCGUUCUUGGCUUUGUUACAAACUUCUUUCUUAUCGCCGUUUUCAUCAAGUGUAAAUCUCUGAGAAAAGCACUUCCUCUGAACAUGGUGAGCGCCGACCUCGUGUUUACGGCCACCCUUCCCUUCUGGGCGGUGUACGCCGGAGACGAAUGGGUCUUUGGGCACCAUGCGUGCAAGCUUGUGACGUUCCUCUACAUUGUUGGGCUGUAUGGCAGUAAUCUGUUUGUGGGAUUUAUGAUUCUGCAGAAAUAUGUGGACAUGGCAUGUGGGAGUGUAACCAGAGCCAGGAGAAAAAUAGGACUUUCCGUUGUCCUCUGGCUUCUUUCUGCUCUGGCGGCGGCUCCACAUCUGUACUUCGUAGAAGCUCACGAGUUCCAGGGCCAGCAGAUCUGCACCAACCACUUCUUGCACAAACACGGCUGGAAGAUUUACAUGAGGUAUCAGAUGAUAGUCCUCGGGUUCUGCGUUCCUCUCGCCGUCCUCGUCUUCUCGUCCGUUGUGGUUCUCCGAAUCGUGGCGAGGAGGACCCUUCUCCUGCAGAGGUCUAAGACCUUGAUGUUGGUUCUGGGGUUCACGCUUCUGUUCUUCGUCCUCUGGUUCCCCUACACCGUGGUGAUGUUCUUGCAUUCUCUGCAGGAGCUUCAUAUCAUUUCCGAGUGCGUCACCAGCCUGCACCUGGACCUGGCGAUCGUGGGGACGGAGUGCAUCGCGUUCAUGCACGUUUACGUGAACCCGGUAGCGUACGUUCUCCUCAACAGGAGGAUCUGGAGGAAGAUGCGAGGGCGAUGCAUGGCUCGGACGGAGAACCUGCUCGGUGCCUCUGAAAGUGCUGGCAGUGGUUCCAGUCAGGAGAGUGCCGUGGAGCUGAAGGCACUUCAUAUGUACCCUGCUGAAUCUGAAGGGUCUAAUGCUGAGCGACAGGGGCAUUUCUUACCGUAUCUAACAUAGUAAUCUUCAUAUUCAUAAAGUUUUAAGAAUUAAUAUUUGGUGGAAUAACCCUGGUUUUAAUCACAGUUUUAAUUUCAUGCAUCUUGUCAUCAUGUUCUCCUCCACCAGUCUUACACACUGCUUUUGGAUAACUUUAUGCUGCUUUACUCCUGGUGUAAAAAUUCAAGCAGUUCAGUUUGGUGGUUUGAUGGUUUGUGAUCAUCCAUCUUCCUCUUGAUUAUAUUCCAGAGGUUUUUAAUUUGGUAAAAUCAAAGAAACUCAUCAUUUUUAAGUUCUCCCUUUUUUUUUUAUAGAGCUGUAUAUCAUCACUUAAUUUUGUGAUGGAUCUGUACUCAGCUUAAGUUCUAGUGAAUAUUAUAUGAUUUUUAUUUCUAUUUGCUUAUUAAGACCUUUGCGCUUUACUGACCUGAACUAAAGUAACUUGAUUUUUUAAUUUUAAAAAUAGCAUAAUCUUGAAUUAUGUAGACAAUAUAAGAAAUUUGCAUGAAACAUGUUGUGUGGUAUGCUCAACUAACAUUCAACUACAUGACUAUUAAAUGUAACUGAACUAAGAGUAAGGUAAAAGUAAAUUAUUCUCUAUUGAAACUCUACACUCAACUCUAAGUUCAACCAUAAUCUUAGUAUUUUAAGGGUUAACUCUGGGUUUUAGGGAUGAUUUAAGGUUGAGUUAGGAUAUUGUUUAGGUUAUAUAGACAAUCCACUUAACUAAGUUUUCAGUUAAAAGCAUAUUAAAUAUAUUUGAGGCAUCAAUAAUGGACCAUCCAAAUGAAGUGACACCAGUUGUGCUAUUAACA